AUGUCAACAGAAUUGGAAAUACAAGAAGCAUUUUUACAUUUUAUGUCCUGUAUUUUAAAGGGUUAUCGAAAUUUUUUAAAUCCUAUUUCAUCCAGUCAACUGAAUCUAAAAGCUACAAAUGCUGCCAGUUUAUUUGACAUGCAAGGCACUUAUUACAAAAUAAUUCAUACUAUGUUGUUUUUUGUAGGGUUUGUAAAGAGUCGAGAUAAGGCUUAUGCUAAAUUCUUCAACCAAGUAUUGAAAACUCAAAUGUUUAUUAGAUUCGUUGAAGAAAGAUCAUUUGUAUCUGAAAAUGAUGCUAGUCUAGCUUUCUUUGAUGAAUGUGCAGAAAAAGUUGAUGAUCUUAAAGAUGAACCACAGUUAAUUGAGAUGGACAGCACACAUACAAGGUAUGUAAAAUAA